UCCUCUCCCCUUUCUCUUUAAGAGGCUGCCUACCUGCAGAUCCAAUGUCCUUUCCCACUCUUACUGCCUUCACCCGGACAUAAUAAAGCUGGCCUGUGCUGAUAUCACUAUCAACAGCAUCUAUGGACUCUUUGUUCUCAUAUCCACCUUUGGCAUGGACCUCUUAUGUAUCUUCCUCUCCUAUGUGCUCAUUCUGCGCUCGGUCAUGGCCAUCGCUUCUUGUGAAGAACGCCUCAAAGCUCUCAACACAUGUGUGUCACAUAUCUUGGCUGUACUUGCGUUUUAUGUGCCAAUGAUCGGGGUCUCCACAGUGCACCGCUUUGGGAAAAAUGCCCCACGCUACAUACAUGUCCUCUUGUCCAAUGUCUACCUCUUUGUACCUCCUGUGCUCAACCCUCUCAUUUAUAGCGUCAAGACCAAGGAGAUCCGCCGAGCCAUUGUCCGCAUGUUUCAUCGCAUCAAAAUGUGACUUCACAUUUGGCUUAUAAUCUGUUGGUUACUGUAGCCAUAGGCU